AUGACGCUACAAAUUGGAUUUGUACCAUUCAUAGGCCUCACCACCCUCAUUGCGUUGGUGAUUGGAAAACAUUCGGAGGCCAUCGGAGUUGCAACAGCCCUUGAGGUUUUCCUGCCGGUCGCGACUGUACUGUAUAUCCUGUAUUACAGCUGGAUUUACCCAUUAUUUGUGUCGCCAUUGAGGCACAUUCCCACAGUUCCGGGCUUUCCUCUCUGGGGUCAAUUUUUCACCAUCAUCACGACCGAAUGCGGCGUUCCUGCGCGGGAAUGGCACCAGAAAUAUGGGCCCAUCAUUCGAUAUUUCUUCCCAUUUGGCAGUGAACGUCUGUCCGUGGCAGACGACGAUGCCAUCAAACAGAUGACGGUCAGGAAUCCGUACAAUUAUCCUAAACCUCAACGGGCAAGGCUAUGGAUGAUGCCCAUUCUCGGUGAAGCAGGUGUUCUUCUUGCAGAAGGACAAACCCACGUCGUCCAGCGAAAAGCUCUGACGCCGGCUUUCUCCAUUUCUUCCAUAAGGUCGUUGAUGCCGAUUUUCUGGGAAAAAUCACUGCACAUGGCAAAGCUCUGGGAAACGGAAAUGGCCGCUGAAAAGUCCACAAGCAAAUGUUUCGAAGUUUUGGAAUGGCUAAACAGGACGACUUUGGACAUCAUCGGUCGCGCCGGCAUGGGAACUGACAUUGACUCACUUGAUGAUCCAGACACGCCACUGCGCGAUGCAUAUCGACGUUGCUUUGACUUCGAUCUGCAGGCUCGAAUCAUCAAUGGCUUAGCAGCUUUCACCACUCUCGUUCGUCUUCUCCCUGCGCGGGCGAAUCGUGACAUACUUGAUGCUCGAAACAUCAUCCUCAGUCGGGCUUCGCAAAUCAUCAAGGAAAAGCAAGCGAACAUUGGUGUGAAGGAGGGUCCUCGCCAGAAAGACAUUAUUGGCUUGAUCGUCAGGGACAACAUGACUGCGAGCAAGGAGGACACUUUGACAGUGGAAACAAUGCGAGACCAAGUCAUGACUUUUCUCGGUGCAGGACAUGACACGACCGCCACUUCGGUGGCAUGGACGCUUCUACUGCUGGCCAAACAUCCGGACGUUCAAGCCAAAUUGCGCGAAGAAAUCCGUUCUCAGAUGCCUUUCCUUUUCGACUCUAAAGCUCGGGAGGAUAGCGAAAACAUCGAGAAGGCAGAUGUUGACUUGCUUCCAUAUCUGGAAGACGUGUGCAAAGAGUCUCUCCGCUACAUCCCUUCCAUUCCUAUGACCGUCCGAAGAACGAUUGCCGACGAUACGUUGGCGGGGUAUUACAUUCCAGCAGGGACCACCGUUUACCUCAUGUCCAACGCCAUCAACCGGCUUCCAAUGUAUUGGGGUGAGACGGCCGACAAGUUCGAUCCUUCUCGCUGGCGGAAUCUUCCUUCGACUUACACCACGAAUGCAUUCAUGACUUUCUUGCAAGGGCCACGGGGCUGCGUGGGUCGCAAGUUUGCCGAAGUGGAGAUGAAAACCAUCUUGUGCUCUUUGCUCAGCAAGUUCCACUUUGAACAAGACUUGUCGGUUCAGGAUCCCGAGGAACUGAAGAUGUGGAGGUUGGUGCUGAGGCCCAGAGAUGGAGUUAGUUUGAAAGUCUCUCCUCUGAAGGAGUAA